AUGCCACCUAGGACAUCCCUAACUUCUUCGUUCUCGAUCACCGACGCCAAUAAUGAGGUUGUCUGUCCGUUGCGCAACCAAGAUGGCUCAAGCUGUCGCAAGCGCUGCAUAGGUGAGAAGAGAUAUCGCUCUAUGCAGGAGCACAUUCGUCGAGCGCACCCGGAGCACUACAUCUCCAAACUUCCUGCGACCGAGGAGAGCUUUUUGCUCAUGAUCAAGACCCAGCCAAACGACCGACCUCAAAACCAGCCAACUUCAGGCCCUUCAGCGCAUCCAGGCCAAGCAAAGGGGCUUUCGCAUGCCUAUCAUGGAGAUGGCUCGAGUGCUCCGGGGACACCUCGAAAUGGCGAGGAGCAGUAUACAGGAGCUGCACUGCUCCCUGCUGCAACCGCCCUUGCACAGCUACACAAACCACAAAAUGGAGCAAGGCUGGGAAUCAGAUAA